CCAGAGGAGAGAGGGAGAGAGGGAGAGAGAGAGAGAGAGUUGCAGUAAUGGAGGUGGUGAGGAGAGUACCUGUAAUGAAAUGGACGAUGCUGUUGGUGUUAUCGUGCGGCAGAAGCGUUUCAGGGGAUUUGCUUCGUGUUGGAGGGUCAGCAAAUGGGUGGAAUCCAGACGUCAACUACACCGAAUGGGCUGGUCAUCAAUACUUCUACGUUGGCCUAUGGCUCUAUUUCGGAUAUGAUCGGCAUUAUUUCAACGUGCUGGAGGUGAACAAGACAAGCUACGAAACAUGCAACGAUGGAGAUCCAAUCACAAAUGUGUCGCGUGGAGCUGGAAGGGACGUAUUUAAUCUCAGGGAGGUCAAAACCUAUUACUUCCUCAGCGGUGGAGGAUACUGCUGGCAUGGCAUGAAACUGGCUGUCCCCGUUCACCAAUUCCCCUUACUGAUCACCCCAGCACCUUCUCCCAGCAAAAAUAGCUCCCCGUCGUCAAACCGCCGGAUUAUACUGCCAACCGGCAUUGCCACCGCUGUGGUGGUCUGGAUCAUCAACUCUCUCUUCAACUUCUGGUGGUAGUGAUUUUCUUCUUCUUCUUCUUUUGAAUUUCCCGGUGUGUAUCCAAGAGUUCUGUUGAAUGUUGAUGAACUUUUGCUUGCUUGCGUCUGUUAAUUAGUGAAAUUUGUUGGUGGUUGGUAGUCUUUGUCUCUGGGUAAAGACGGUAAGACUGGACUGAAAUUAAUGAUUCCUUUUGCUUACUAAAUUUGAACGAGUGAGGAGUAACAGGCUUCUGAAAUCUGAACAAAGCGGUUUUGGAGAAUAAAUCAACAACCUUUAUA